CCCGCCAGCCCGCCAGCCUUGCCGCCGACCAUGGCCACCGACUCCUGGGCGCUGGCGGUGGACGAGCAGGAGGCGGCUGUCAAGUCGAUGAGCGAUUUGCAGAUCAAGGAAGAGAAAGUCAAACCAGAUUCCAAUGGUUUCAUCAAACCCGCAGCACCUGCAGAGAAGACAGACGAAGACGAGAAAGAGGACAAAGCUGCGCAGUCGUUACUCAACAAGCUGAUCCGAAGCAACCUCGUGGAUAACACGAACCAGGUGGAGGUCCUGCAGCGGGACCCCAACUCCCCGCUCUACUCCGUCAAGUCCUUCGAGGAGCUGCGCCUGAAACCGCAGCUUCUCCAGGGUGUCUACGGCAUGGGCUUUAAUCGACCCUCCAAGAUCCAGGAGAACGCGUUACCCAUGAUGCUUGCUGAGCCCCCGCAGAACCUCAUCGCUCAGUCUCAGUCGGGUACCGGGAAAACCGCUGCGUUCGUGCUGGCCAUGCUCAGCCGAGUGGAGCCGGCAGAGAGAUACCCCCAGUGUCUGUGCCUCUCCCCAACAUACGAGCUGGCGCUUCAGACUGGGAAAGUGAUUGAGCAGAUGGGCAAGUUUUAUCCGGAACUCAAGCUGGCUUAUGCCAUCCGAGGCAAUAAACUGGAGCGGGGUCAGAAGAUCAGCGAGCAGAUCGUCAUCGGCACCCCUGGCACCGUCCUCGACUGGUGCUCCAAGCUCAAGUUCAUCGACCCCAAGAAGAUUAAAGUGUUUGUUCUGGAUGAGGCCGACGUGAUGAUCGCGACUCAGGGCCACCAGGACCAGAGCGUCCGCAUCCAGAGGAUGCUGCCCAGGAACUGCCAGAUGCUGCUGUUCUCUGCCACAUUCGAAGACUCGGUGUGGAAGUUUGCCCAGAAGGUGGUCCCCGAGCCCAACAUCAUCAAGCUGAAGCGCGAGGAGGAGACGCUGGACACCAUCAAGCAGUACUACGUGCUGUGCAGUAACCGCGACGAGAAGUUUCAGGCCCUGUGCAACCUCUACGGGGCCAUCACCAUCGCGCAGGCAAUGAUCUUCUGCCAUACUCGCAAAACCGCCAGUUGGCUGGCAGCCGAGCUGUCCAAGGAAGGCCACCAGGUGGCGCUGCUGAGCGGCGAGAUGAUGGUGGAGCAGCGGGCAGCAGUGAUCGAGCGCUUCCGCGAGGGCAAAGAGAAGGUGCUGGUCACCACCAACGUGUGCGCCCGCGGCAUCGAUGUGGAGCAGGUGUCCGUCGUCAUCAACUUUGACCUCCCGGUGGACAAGGACGGGAAUCCCGACAAUGAGACCUACCUGCACCGCAUCGGGCGCACGGGCCGCUUCGGCAAGAGGGGCCUGGCGGUGAACAUGGUGGACAGCAAGCACAGCAUGGACAUCCUCAACAGGAUCCAGGAGCACUUCAAUAAGAAAAUCGAGAGAUUGGACACGGAUGACCUGGACGAGAUUGAGAAGAUAGCCAACUGAGGCGUCCCGGGUACCCUGUAGCCGCUGGCACUGUCCCCACAUGGGAGACUCCUACUUUUCCAGCCUGGCCUCCGCUGUCGCUGAGACAAUGGCGCAAGCCGCGACAAACUACCUACCUCAUUUCAGUUACAUUUGGACGGGACAAACUGCAAAUCAUGGAGGAGAGAAGAAGGAAAAUUAGGCAUUUUGGAAAGUUUGUCCUUUCAGCCAAAGUUUUCCCCCAACUUUAUAAGUGAGCUGGGGGCUGGCCCCCAGGCCCUUCGUCCACCUUCCUGCCUGGGGUGCCAUGAGUCCACCCUCUCGGUAGUGGUCAGGGGCGUGGUCCAGGGAAGGGCGCUGUGACCCCGCUGCCCUGUACAGUCGUCGAGGGGACGCUGCCUGCCUCCACCUUUCUCCUGCUGAGAUCUGCAAAACUCCUGGCCAGCCGUCUUUCUAAAAUCCAAAGUGGAUGCAGCUGGCCUUUUCUCUCUGCUGUGUGCACACGCCCUGUUCCCCUUGGUGGGCAUCAGAUUGGGCGGGAACAGACGUGAGGCCUCGUGGGAUGGCCACGCCCUGGGGGGCUUGGUCUGCUCUGUCCCCAGUGGGUGGGGGUGGUCAGCAGUUUCCGGUUCAGCCUGGCUGAGUGAGCUGGUUCUUCCCCAUAGGCCGUCAGCACGCCUGGAGGGAAGCGGGAGGCGCAUCACUCACUGCACCAUUGGCGCGCUCAUGCUUUCUCUGUAUGGGCCCGCACCAGUGACCAGCAUCCUGGUUGUCGAUAAAUUUUAAUUUGAAAAUCAUGCAAUGCUUUACUAAUCAUGAUUUUAUUUUACUUGUACUUCUUUGCUUAUUAGACUAAUUUAUACUCAUUAAAAACAUGUA